AUGUGCUCUUACGCAGGGACCUGCUCAGGUGAGCUCUACUGCUGCUUUGGCGAAUGUGGUCUCGGGGUCAGCUGCUUGCGCGCUACAAUUCCUUGUACGUCUGCGAGGCAAGACUACAAAUGCACAUCGACGGCGUUCAUUUGUAGGCGGGGAAAGCGGUCACAGUCGGCGCGGAGAGGUAAGCGUUGUGGACGGGGUCGUAUCAUCAAUCGG